UCCGCCUCCUCCUCCACCUCUCAUCCGCCUCCUCCUCCACCACUCCUCGUCUCCUCCUCCACCGCUACUCUGCCUCCUUCUCAAUAGCCUCUCGAUUCCACACAUCCUCAUCCACCGCCUCAUCCUCAGCAAAUUAAUCGACUUCCCGACGUCGUCUUCUCUUCCUCAGGCAUCCUCUUUCUCCAGCAGACUUAUUUAAGUGGAUGAAAGAUUUUGAAGCAUUCCAAGAUGCAUUGGACUCUGAUUCAUCAUACACAUCAACUUUAACAAGAAGCCUGUCACUUGUACUUGAUGAGUUCUAUAAAAAUCUUCGCUCUGUGGGUGUUUCAGCAGUUUCUGGUGUUAGAAUGGAAACGUUCUUUAAUGCUAUAGAAGCGAGUGCUAAUGAAUACAUGGAAAACUACAAAGCUGAUCUCGAUAAGAGACGGGCUGAGAAGGAGAGACUGGAAGCAGAGCGUAGAAAAGAGAGCAUGGAUAAGUUGUGCAAGGAUAUGGAGAAAACUAAAGGGCAAACGGUGGUACUGAACACUGGUUUGAAGGACAAGCAGCCAACUGGUGAUAUGAUGGAUGAAGAGGAAGAAGAGAUUGAUGGCUUGCGGUUUUCUGAGGAGGAUGAGGACAAGAAGGACGAGGCAAUAAAAUAUGUAGAUAUUUCUUGAUUACUGGAGAGUAUACAUACCCGGACAACAGCACUAAUGAGUAUUGCAAUUGAGUCAUCCAGGAGGCAACCUUAUCAGGGUCGAUUCAGCCACAUAGGACAACGCACUUUGUUUCACUCAGAUGUUAGAUUCUCUGCACGGAGGGCAUCACCGUGGUUAUGAAAGAGCCAUAGGCAUUGGUGCCACUCGGACUUACUUGAGGGCGUCCUCCAUAUCGGAAAUCGGCACUUCUAAUCAGGAGCUACGUCGCGAGGUGGCUGAUCUUAGAGACAAAUAUAUAAUAUUGGAUGCUUUUCAUUGUGAGAUAUUGAGUAAUCAUUGUGCAUGUAUCUCUAAUAUUACAUUUUGAGUAAUUAUUGUGUAUUAUAUAUAAUAUUAAAUAUUUA